UACAUAACGGGGAAGGGAGAAAUUAUGUUAAGUAAACUUGGCGGGAAAAACGUAAGCAGCCAUUAUAACCGCCAUAGUCUUGAAGCUUGAACUACUCGCUCAUUCUCUCUCCUCUUAGCAACUACAGCAAUGGAGAAAAGAGACGAACCAAUACCCAUUGAACUAGAUGAAGAUGAUGAAAUCAUUCCUACUACAACCAAAGAACCCCCUAAAAUCCAUCGUUUAGAUGAAUCUGUCAUCAACCGCAUCGCCGCCGGCGAAGUCAUCCAACGUCCAGUUUCCGCCAUUAAAGAGCUCGUCGAGAACAGCCUCGAUGCUCAUUCUUCCUCCAUUAAUGUCGUUGUUAAAGAUGGUGGUCUCAAACUCAUUCAAGUCUCCGACGAUGGUCACGGAAUUAGGUUUGAGGAUUUGCCGAUACUUUGUGAACGGCAUACGACGUCGAAAUUGUCGAAAUUCGAGGAUUUGCAGUCGAUUACAUCGAUGGGGUUUAGAGGUGAGGCUUUGGCAAGCAUGACUUAUGUAGGUCAUGUGACGGUGACUACUAUAACCCCAGGCCAAUUGUAUGGAUUCAGGGUGUCUUAUAGAGAUGGUGUUAUGGAGAAUGAGCCUAAACCUUGUGCUGCUGUGAAAGGGACUCAGAUCAUGAUCGAAAAUCUUUUCUAUAAUAUGACAGCACGGAAGAAAACACUUCAGAACUCUAAUGAUGAUUAUCCAAAGAUUGUUGACUUGCUAAGUCGGUUUGCAAUUCAUCACAUAAAUGUGGGCUUUUCUUGUAGAAAGCAUGGGGCUGCAAGAGCUGAUAUUCAUAGUGUUGCCACAUCUUCUAGAACUGAUGCAAUCAGAGCUGUUUAUGGUGUAUCUGUUGCCCGUAAUCUAAUAAAGAUAGAAGCCUCAGAUGAUGAUCCAUCUAACUCAGUGUUUAAGAUGAAAGGUUUCAUCUCCAAUUCCAAUUACGUGGCCAAGAAGAUAACUAUGGUGCUUUUUAUUAAUGAUCGAUUGGUUGAGUGCUCUGCUUUGAAAAGGGCUAUCGAAAUUGUAUAUGCUGCAACUCUGCCCAGAGCAUCAAAACCUUUUGUAUACAUGUCAAUUACAUUACCACCUGAGCAUGUUGAUGUGAACAUACAUCCAACAAAACGUGAGGUAAGCCUUUUGAAUCAGGAAGUUAUAAUUGAGAAGAUACAGUCAGAAGUGGAACUGCAAUUGACAAACUCCAAUGAGACAAGAGUAUUUGAAGAACAGGUGAUGCAGCCCCCCCCUUCAAUUCCUGUAGGAACAAGCAAAGAUUCCCUUUCUAGUCCUCCAGCUUCUGCAUCGAAGUCGCAGAAGAUUCCCGUGCAAAAGAUGGUUAGAACUGAUGCAUUAGAUCCAGCAGGAAGGUUGCAUGCAUAUAUGCAAGUUAAGCCUUCUACUCAGCUUGAACGAAAUGCUAGCUUGAAUUCUGUAAGGUCUUCAAUUAUUAGACAAAGGAGAAAUCCCAAGGAGAGUGCAGAUCUUACCAGCAUUCAGGAGCUUGUUGAGGAAAUUGAUAAUAGCUCUCAUUCUGGCCUGCUUGAUAUUGUCAGAGGCUGCACUUAUGUUGGAAUGGCGGAUGAUGUUUUUGCAUUGGUACAGUACAAGACUCAUCUUUACCUGGCAAAUGUAGUAAACUUGAGCAAAGAACUCAUGUAUCAGCAAGUCCUGCGUCGUUUUGCUCAUUUCAAUGCUAUACAAUUGAGUGACCCUGCUCCUCUCCCUGAGUUAAUAAUGCUGGCACUCAAAGAGGAAGAUAUGGAUGCAGAUGACAGUGAGGAUGAUGAUUUGAAGAAGAAAAUUGCUGAGAUGAACACUGAGCUACUCAAGGGAAAAUCCGAAAUGCUGGAGGAGUAUUUCUGCAUUUACAUAGAUCCACAAGGGAAUUUGUCCAGGCUUCCUGUCAUACUUGAUCAGUACACACCUGACAUGGAUCGUGUUCCUGAAUUUGCUCUUUGUCUUGGCAAUGAUGUUGACUGGGAGGAUGAGAAAGUUUGCUUUCAAACAAUCUCAGCCGCUCUUGCAAAUUUCUAUGCCAUGCAUCCGCCUAUUUUGCCAAAUCCAGCAGGUGAUGGCUUACAACACUAUAGAAGAAAAUCUCAACCUGCCGUGAUAUCUAUUGAUGAAGAUAUGAACAGAUCUGCUCCUAAUGAGGUUAAGGACGCUGAGAUUGAACAUGAACUACUUGCAGAAGCAGAGACAGCUUGGGCACAACGUGAGUGGUCUGUGCAGCACAUCCUAGUUCCUGCUAUGCGACUCUUUCUUAAACCCCCUAAUUCAAUGGCUAAAGAUGGGACCUUCGUACAGGUGGCCUCACUGGAGAAGCUUUACAGAAUAUUUGAACGAUGCUAACAGGUCAGACUUGAAACUCUUUGCAAAGAUGAGGAAAAAUGAGUCUGUUUGAAAUAUAGGGAAUGUAUAUAAUUAUGAAUGAAUGAUAACUUUAAUUAGGUGUUACCUGUUCCUGUGUACAUACAAAAUGUCUGAUGUCAUCUGCAGUAUGUAUAAAUUGCAGAUUCAACAAAUACUUUAGACUUUCAAUGUGAAAAUGUAAUAAACUUCUGCUCCACUUAUUAAUCAUGCUUUUAGGCCAAAUACAAUUUUGUCCUGAAAAUUCCGAUCUAACCUUGAGGGUAAAGUGACUAAGUUUAUGUCAAGUCGUACAA